AUGUCCGACUCUUCAGCCCCACAGCAGAAAGAGAGAUUUGCUCCCAAGCAGCCCGUGAACCUCGCUCCCCCGAAAGAUGAUGUCAUUACCCGCGAUUACCUGGCAAAAUGCGAUGGUACGAACGAAGGCUUCCCCACGCUAGUGGCUAUCAAGGGCGAUGUCUUUGACGUUAGCGGUAAAGAUACGUACGCGCCGGGCAAGAACUAUCAUGUCUUUACCGGCAAGGAGCCUAACCGAGCGCUGGGGCUGUCUUCUCUUGAGCCGAAAGACUGUAUUUCAGACUAUUCAGACCUUGCCGAGGACAAGUUACAGGUCUUGAACGACUGGCACACUUUCUUCUCAAAGAGAUACAACAUCGUUGGACGGCUCCAACCCGAGAAUAGUGCGAGCCUUUGA